AUGUCUGUGCGGAAUCUCACUAAUAAUCGUAAUUCCAAUAGUGAAAAUAGCAUUGGUGAAAGCGAAAACUCCUUUUAUUCUUCAAAUGAGCAAUCAAGGCAAAGCUCAUCAUUAGAAGCUGCAGAUAAUAAGAACAUUAGAGUGGGCGGAAACCCUUUUCUUGGAAGUGAAGAGUUUGAGGAAGAUUAUAAUUUACCCAGUGAAGACGAUGAGCGGCGGGGGGCAAAUGAGUAUUCCAGUUCCUCAUCCAUAAACUACAAUAAUGAUCCGAACAGUGAUACAUCCCUUCUGGCUAAUGAAAAAAAAACACCUGAAAGGAAUGGUCGAAGUAUGUCAGACUAUAAGGGCUAUUAUGCCAAGAAUAACCUAACCUCCGCUAAUAACUUUAACAAUCAUAACAAUAAUUAUAAUAAUAACAUUAUAAGCAGUAGUAACGACAAUAGUUUUGCGUCACAUUUACAGCCGCCAGACAGGAACUUACCGUCACAUCCUUCUUCGAACAAUAUGAGCACCUUUUCCAAUAAUAGCUUAAUUAAAUCUCCACCGCCUUUUGACAGAUAUCCGUUAGUAGGAACAAGGCAUAUUUCGAUGGCUCAAUCUCAAUCGCAGAACCUUAUAAAUGAAAAGAAAAGAGCGAACAUGACUGGCUCAUCUUCUUCAGCUCACGACUCUUCAUUAUCAUCUACCAACUUAUAUAUGGGCGAACAGGAUUUUUCGCCUUUUGGCGGUUAUCCUGCUUCAUUCUUCCCGUUGACGUUAGACGAAAAGGAAGAUGACGAUUACAUUCACAAUCCAAAUGUUGAAGAAGAAGCAAAGUUAGAUAGAAGGAGGUUCGUUGACGAUUUCAAACAUAUGGAUAGAAGGUCUUUCCUCGGGCUCGUGGGUAUCCUGCUUUUAUUUAUGGCUGGUAUAUUCAUUUUCAUUGUAUUACCUGCAAUUACAUUUUCUGGGGUAGUUUAUCACCAUGAACAUGUUCAUGCAGCAAAUUCAGCAGGAUCAGUGUCCUCUAAUACUACAUCGAAAUCAUUGACUGAAUAUCAAUAUCCUCAACUUGCGGCUAUCAGAACAGCUUUAGUUGAUCCAGACACGCCUGAUACUGCUAAGACAAGAGAAGCGAAAGACGGAUCUAAAUGGGAGUUGGUGUUUUCCGAUGAAUUUAAUGCUGAAGGUAGAACAUUUUAUGACGGUGAUGACCAGUUUUGGACAGCUCCUGAUAUUCACUACGACGCUACAAAGGAUCUUGAAUGGUACUCACCUGAUGCUGUUACGACUACUAAUGGUACCCUGACGCUGAGGAUGGAUGCAUUCAAAAACCACGAUCUUUAUUACAGAUCUGGUAUGGUGCAGAGCUGGAACAAACUCUGCUUUACAGAAGGUGCUUUAGAGGUUUCCGCGAACCUGCCUAAUUAUGGUCGCGUUACAGGAUUAUGGCCUGGUAUGUGGACCAUGGGGAACUUGGGUAGACCGGGCUAUUUGGCAAGUACCCAAGGCGUUUGGCCUUAUUCGUAUGAAGCAUGUGACGCUGGCAUAACACCAAACCAAAGUUCUCCAGAUGGUAUUUCUUAUCUACCAGGGCAAAAGUUGAGCGUUUGUACUUGUGAUAAUGAAGAUCACCCAAAUCAAGGAGUCGGGAGAGGUGCACCAGAAAUAGAUAUUUUAGAAGGUGAAGCCGAUACAAUUUUAGGUGUUGGUGUUGCGUCUCAGUCUUUACAAAUUGCUCCAUUCGAUAUAUGGUAUAUGCCCGAUUAUGACUUCAUCGAAGUUUACAAUUUCACCACUACGACAAUGAAUACCUAUGCUGGCGGUCCUUUUCAACAAGCUGUUUCAGCAAUCUCUACCUUGAAUAUUACUUGGUAUGAAUUUGGAGAAGAAGCAGGUUAUUUCCAAAAGUAUGCCAUUGAAUAUCUUAAUGAUGACGAUGACGGAUAUAUUCGCUGGUUUGUGGGAGACAACCCUACUUUCACACUUUAUGCUACUUCCUUACAUCCUAGUGGUAAUGUUGACUGGAGGAGAAUAAGUAAAGAGCCGAUGUCAGCGAUUUUGAAUUUAGGUAUUUCUAACAAUUGGGCUUAUAUUGACUGGCAAUACAUAUUUUUCCCGGUGACAAUGUCAAUAGAUUAUGUCAGAUUAUACCAACCGAAGGGUUCUACGUCCAUUACUUGUGAUCCAGACGACUAUCCGACAUAUGAUUACAUCCAAAGUCAUUUGAAUGCUUAUCAUAACGCUAAUUUAACUAAUUGGGAACAGGCUGGAUAUACUUUCCCAAAGAACGUUUUAACAGGAGAUUGUAGUAGUUCAAAAUUCUCAUUAUCCUGA